CAUUUCCCCCCACCCCCCCCCCCCCCUCUUUAUUUCUCUUUCUCUCUCUCUUAAUCAUCAUCAUCCUCGUAAUCGUCAUCUCCAUUCAUUUGUUCUCUCUCUCUCUUUCUUCUUUAUUCUGUCCUUUUUUAUUAUUUUUCUUCAGAUCGAUAGUCUCAGUUGAUUAUGAUUAUACCCUUUCCUCCUUCCCUUCCUCUCUUUCUUCUUUACUGCUGCUAGCUCACCUCCCUCCCGUUUCUUUUUUUCCUUCUCGAAGAGGCCACCACUAACUCUUCUCUCUUCGAUCUUAUCUAUUUAACAUCGCCCAAUUUCUCACCCAACUUUCUCUGUUUUUAUUUUUUUUGGUUAAUUGGGUUAGACCCCAUUACAACGUGUCGAUCACCGGAGCGGCUCCCCCCUCUCGCAUCGAAGCUGUGUGGGGGAGGAGGGCGGAGGAAGAGCAAACACAGUGAGUGAGUGAAUUGAAGUGAAUUGUCGUGUAUGGUAUUUAUAAGAACAAGUGGAAGUGGAACCAUCUUCAUGCAACAUUCAUAGGAAAUGAAAGAUUAUUAUUGGUGGGAGAAAAAUAAAACAAAACAGAUUUCCAAGUAGAUGCAGCAAGGCGGCGGAGGCGAAGGGCACCAAUCUCAAUAUGGGGAGGUGGGUGGUGGUCCAACGACUGAUGCAACGAGUAGCAGUCACAUGGUGAGCGAACAAACGGAGCAGUUGGAAGAGGCAUCUCCUAUAAGUUACAGGCCACCAGCUGCUGCCAUUGGGAAUCCCGAUGAGUUGAUGAUGAGGUUAGCCGAGGAAGGAGAUGAAGGGGAUCGACUAGGUGGCGACCACGGCGGCGGCGUAGGAGGGGGAGCUGGUGGAGUUGCAAGUGGCAAUAGGUGGCCCCGUCAAGAGACUCUUGCACUUCUGAAGAUUAGAUCAGAUAUGGAUGGUAUUUUUCGUGAUGCCACCGUCAAAGGCCCUCUUUGGGAAGAUGUUUCCAGGAAGUUAGCGGAACUUGGUUACAAAAGGAGUGCCAAAAAGUGCAAGGAAAAAUUCGAGAACGUCCACAAGUACUACAAGCGAACAAAAGAUGGUCGAGGUGGGCGUCAAGAUGGUAAGAGUUACAAGUUUUUCAGCGAGCUAGAGGCUCUCAAUACAACUUCUGCCACUCUGUCAAAACCACCCAUCACGCUAGCCACCUCCGCCAGCCUCGACGUGGCUCCCAUUUCGGUUGGGAUCCCUAUGCCCAUCUCUUCCGUCUGGAUUCCACCUACUACUACUACAACAACUGCUAUCCCAAUGUCCUCGUCUAUGUUACCCAUGCCUGGAUCCGCUCCACCACCUCCUCCUGCCACUCCAUUUGGAAUCAGCUUCUCUUCUAAUAGCUCUUCCUCUUCUCAGGGCUUUGAAGAUGAAGAUGAAAUCGGGAGGGAACCGUCGACGGACAUGGGUGGCAGUAGUCGUAAACGUAAAAGGCAGUCGUCGUCAAGAGAGGGUGGUAGUAGUAGUAGUAGCAGGAAGAGGAUGAUGGAGUUCUUUGAGGGUUUAAUGAAACAGGUGAUGCAGAAACAAGAAGCGUUGCAGCAAACUUUUUUAGAAUCCAUAGAGAAGAGAGAGCAAGAUAGGAUGAUUAGAGAAGAAGCUUGGAAAAGACAAGAGAUGGCAAGAUUGGCCCGCGAACAUGAACUUAUAGCUCAAGAACGAGCCAUUGCUUCUUCUAGGGAUGCUGCCAUUAUUUCCUUUUUGCAGAAGAUUACUGGUCAGACCAUACAGUUACCCACAACUGUUAGUACUAUCCCCUCGGUUCCACCUCCGCCGACACAACCAGCCACACCAGUUGUUCAACCACCGACUCCAAUUCCUACAGCAGCUUCACCAUUACAUCAUCCACCAUCGUUACCGCAGCAAAAGUCACAUUUGCACCAUCAACAGCAGCAACAAGCUCAAAAUACCCAACUUGUUGUGAAGCAUAAUCAACAGCAGGAGCCUAUACCUUCGGAAGUGAUAAUGGCUAUCCCGGAGCAAAAGGUGCCACCACAGGAAAUUGGUGGGAGCGAGGGCAUUAAGCCUGCAUCGUCUAGAUGGCCUAAAGCCGAGGUUCUAGCACUUAUAAACCUAAGGAGUGGGCUUGAAACCAGAUAUCAAGAGGCUGGGCCCAAGGGUCCUCUUUGGGAAGAAAUCUCCGCUGGUAUGAGCAGGAUGGGCUAUAAAAGAAGCGCUAAACGAUGCAAGGAAAAAUGGGAGAACAUCAACAAAUACUUCAAAAAGGUCAAAGAAAGUAAUAAGAAACGCCCCGAGGAUGCCAAAACCUGCCCAUAUUUUCACCAACUCGAUGCCCUUUACCGUAAGAAAAUACUUGGAAGUGGUUCCAGUAGCUUCAGUGACCAGAAUAGGUUUGAAGGAGAAACAUCACAACAGCAUCUAGAUCCUCCUAUGGAAGCACCACAGCCUAGUCAUGAUCAAUCUGAAAAUAAAACUGGAACCACUAUUGAUGUACUGACAAGCAAAGAAAAUUCACCUGGGAGUCUCUUUGGAAAAGGAAACGGUAGAGCUACAAAGAAGUCAGAAGAUAUUGUGAGGGAGCUGAUGGAGGAGCAAGAGAUGCAAAUGCAAUAGCAACAACAUGCAGUGGAUGACUAAUGGCUAUGAUCUAUAAGGUUGACUAACCUUAUAGUGAGAAUAUAUAUGGACCAUGAAGAGAUCGAGAGAGGGAUACUUUUGCCCAUGUCAGGCAGCUCCAUCAUUGAAACUGUACCCUAUGUACUUAUCUCUGCCUUGUUUCUCUCCUACAACUUCUCAGUCCUUCCCUCAGCCUUCAAUAAUUUCAGUAUCAUGAUCAUCUUUGUCAUUGUUUUUUUUUUUUUUUCCUUCUUUCUUCAAAAAAGCCUUGCUGAUACUGAAAGUCUGAAACAGACUUCUUGGAAGUCAUGCAGUCCCAUCCCACUUGCAUUUAUAUCUUAUCAUAAUUUUCAGUUCUUUGAUUUGUUGGUGAAUAAAGGAAUAUCGUUUCAAAAAGGAAACGAGAAGAUAGAUUGAAUUGAAGCAGAUGAAAAUAAGCUUAGGUUUGGUAUACCAGCAACAUCAAUAUAAAAAAAAAAAAAACCCAUCAAAGGUACCAUAGAAAGGAAGAGAAUAGAAGAUCAGUCGGUGACCAAGUUAUUGUAAUUUCGUGUAAGUAGGAGAAGCACAUGUUAAUUUAUUUUACAUUUCAUAAGUUUUUCCUUGUUCAUCAGUUUUUAUUUUGUUUCUCUUGCAUGCUUGGUUUCAAUGAAGAAAUGGAAAUGAAAAACAAAAUCAUGACAAGUUUCGAUCC